UUUUCUCUUUCUCCUGAUUGUGUGGCUCACAAAAGUUGGAGGCCGUGUCCGAGUGACAUUAGCUGGGUUUCCUCGAGCAUCAAAGUGAUUAUUCGGAACGAACAAAACACCAGUGAAUUUCAACUUUGAGCUCAAACUUCAGUUCAUGGACGUGCGAUAGCCUCCUCGACACGGCCAUUACGGUCUUGGCGUAAAGUAGCCAAGAAGCGGAUACACCCAUUCCCAUCCCCCACCAACCUUAUUUCUUCCACCUUUCACCAAGGUUUGGCAUUGAUCUAUGGCCUCUUUUAUUUUCUUUGAUUGCCAAAAAUGAGAUUCGUGUGUUGGCUUGCCUCUUCUCGUGGGAGCUGAAGGAACAAUGAACUCGAUGUCGAAGACCCAAGUGAUGGAGAAACAAUUGGCCUUCAGCUAGUUCCAUUCUUGACCGGAGUCUUGAUGGUGGUGGAGGAGGAAUAGAGUAGAAGUGGUGUCGGCGGUUGAGGAGGAGUGUUCAAUGGUGCUACCGAGGGGUUCUAUGUCCGGUCUCAUCAUCUAGUCCUAUCAAAUAAAUUGCACAAGAUACUCGCCAAGAAUUGCAAUGAACCAAACGCGGUCUUAAACGAAAAGGAUCCUCCGCAAGACUUUGAACUCCAGGAAUUUGAAACCCAAAGACAGCAAUCAAAUCAGAGUGAAAUAUGGCGAUCUUGGGCGUGAUGCUCCUACUUUCCACACUAACGUAUCCCAGUUAUGGGACUGAUGAGCUUCUUUCGACUUCUGACGAUCCCAAUUUGCCAAUCACAGCUGCAUCUUCAACAGUCACAAACAUGACUCAAAUCGUGGUUUUGGCCAACCGAACCGUCAAUCUUCCUUGUGAUAUCAGCCUGCCAAAUAACCAUGAACAAGUCACUCUCAUCUUGUGGUAUCGAGAGGAUAUUGGCGUUCCAAUAUUCAGUCUGGAGGUGGGACCUUCGGGAGGAUUGGCUUCGGCGGAUGUUUGGUCAGACGACGAGUGGCUCGGGACUCGAGCCACGUUUCGUCCCGAGGCUUUUCCUGCUCGCUUAAUGGUCCACGAUGUCAUGCGGUCUGACGCAGGCCAAUAUCGAUGCAGAGUCGAUUUUACCGAAGCACCCACCAGGAAUACCCUCAUAAACCUGACAGUAAUAGUCCCACCCUCUCCUGUGGUCAUUUUUGACGAAACUGGCUCUCCCAGAACAACAUAUGUGGGUCCGUACCGAGAGGGCUCGAGCAUGACCUUGAUUUGCGAUGCAUUUAACGGUGUUCCCAUCCCCAGUGUAAAAUGGAGGCACAAUGGUAAUUUGGUGGACGACACCUACCAAGUGCUGGCUAACGGCACUGCCAGAAACGAGAUUACCUUUCCUCACUUGGAUCGGACUUUCUUACACAACGAGAUCUCAUGCGAAGUGGAAAACACAAAUCUGACUCGACCCAUUCGAAACACGGUGACGGUGGAUAUGAACUUUGCACCCAUGAGCAUAUCCAUCGACAACAAAGAGGAAAUCUUUGUGGCAGGACGACCCUCCGAGAUCAUAUGCCGCUCCUCAGGAUCGAGGCCUCCCGCUCAUAUAACCUGGUUUCUCAAUGAAAAGCGGCUCACAGAUGCAACUCAUUCGGAUUCCAGUGAUGGUAACACGAGUGUCAGCAUUCUGUCGUUUCUACCACGAUUGGAAGACAUUGGAAAGAUCCUCAUGUGUAAGGCCACGAACGGCUUAAUCGAACAGAGCACCUUGUCAGAUCAUAUGGAACUGGAAAUUGAUUAUGCUCCCCGAGUGGAACUGGCCUUGGGUGCGUCAAUUUCUUACGAUAACAUCUACGAAGGAGGCGAUGUAUACUUUGACUGCAGAAUCGACGCUCAACCGCCGCCAACGAAAGUCAUGUGGCAAUUCAAUAAUGAGCCUUUGACGCCAAACCCAUCGGGAGGCAUCAUUUUGACUAACCAAAGCCUGGUUCUGCAGAGCAUCGAGCGGUCCAGAACCGGUUCCUACACUUGUCAAGCAGCUAAUUCCAUCGGCAGAGGGAGCUCUCAAGAGAUCUUUUUGGAUGUUAAAUACGUUCCCGUUUGUGCCCAUUCGGAGCCCAUUGUGUACGGAGUGGGUAAAGGAGAAAUGGUAGAUGUGUUUUGUGACAUCGUGGCCAAUCCGACGAGCUUCAACUUCCAGUGGUCGUUCAAUAAUUCGGCAGAUUACAUUCGAGUCCCACCUUCGAGAGUACUUAAAGUGAAUGGCACACGGAGUAAACUCACGUACACUCCCUUGAAUAACAAAGAUUACGGAACCUUGAUGUGCUCUGCCACCAAUGAAGUCGGUCACCAAAGAAACCCCUGCAUUUUCCACAUUAUUCUGGCUGUUGCUCCCGAUCCGGUGUCUAAUUGUACCAUCAUAAACAAAUCGUCGGAAACGUUCCAUCUUCAAUGCAUCCCUGGCUUCGAUGGCGGGAUGGAACAAGAGUUCGUUGUCAGUGUGGCAGAGAGAAAGACGGGGAAAGUGGUCUAUAAUCAGACCACGAAGAAGCUCGAUCUCUUCAUUCAGCAUUUGUCGGAGGGAACCUUCUAUCUGACUACCGUCACUCCUACCAAUAAGAAAGGUGUUGGGAAACCAACUCACGUAAUCGUGGAAACACUGCAGCAUCCUGCCGUGGAACUGACUCUUUCCGAAGGAGCCGAUGACUCGGGAGUGAUUAAAACCGGGCGAGAGGCCCAAACAGAAAAAGACGAAUGGGCGGUGCUCACGGGAGCAUUAGUCGGUACUUUGGGAUGCGUCACCAUUUUAGUGGUGGCCAGUCUGGUCAUUCGAUUUUGUGUCUGUCCAGUCAACCGACACACCAAUUCCGCAUUUGUCAAGUCCGACCUUUCGCCCAAUGAUAGUUUUGGCGGAGGACCGCCGGUGUUUGACCACGAUGAUGAUAUUCCCUCAUUCGAUUUGGGAUUCGCGGGGGGUGAUCCUAUGGUUGUAGAGGCUCAAGGCAACGAUAUGCCACUCACUCGAAAAGGCAUUCUUAAGCACACAUUUCAUGAGGAGACCGGCUGGGACAGAAACUUGGAACAUAUGGUAAACGCCAUCGAUAUGAUUCCCCCACCUCCUUUUAAUGACGACUUUAAUCCACCAACGGUAUCUGAAUCGACUGAGGCCAAGGCCUAUCAACAAGGUGUCCAAGGCGGGCCUGGGACCGCUUUACGAUCCUCCCAUGUCGUAGGGUCAAGCAGUACCUUGCCGCGGCGGCUAUCCAGAGAAGGCCUGCUCUGUGACAUUCACCCUGGGCCCCAGUCUUCCAUUGGUUCUCAGUAUGGUUUCCCCACUGGAGAGGGGAGUACGGAUCCUCUGCUCCAAAUCCCCCAGGAACUUUCAGCUGUUCUCACCCUUAAGCGCGGGAUGCACGUGCAUGAGCCCAAAGGCCGAAAAGGCCGAGACGGCAACAAGAUGGGCAGCCUCCAGCGGGGCAUGAAAACAUCGCAAGAAAUUACCCUGGAACCAAAACGCACCCCAUUGCUCAAGAGGAAGCGAGAAAGCAUCGUGUGAACGUUUUAAACGAUAUUCAUUCUUUCAAUACAUCAUCUCCUUGCCCUAUCGAAA